AUGCCCAGGCGAGAUGUAUUAAACGGUUCUUUUCUCCCAGGUGUCCGAUCCCUGAUCCUGGUGGGCCUUGAACGUGUGGCAAACCUGGAUCGGCUGAUGAAGCUGGAGUUUGGGCGCGGCUUCAUGUACGACAGGCCCCUGAGACUCAACUUGCUCGACUUAGAUUAUGAACUAGCAGAGCAGCUCGACAACAUUGCGGAGAAAGCUUGCUGUGGGGUUCCAUGCAAGUGCUCUGGAGAGAGGGGGGAUAGAGGGCCCAUUGGCAGCAUCGGGCCAAAGGGUAUCUCCGGGGAAGAUGGCUACCGAGGCUACCCGGGUGAUGAGGGUGGACCUGGUGAGCGAGGUCCACCUGGCGUGAAUGGUACACAAGGUUUCCAGGGCUGCCCCGGCCAGAGAGGAGUCAAGGGUUCUCGAGGAUUCCCAGGAGAGAAGGGCGAAUUGGGAGAGAUCGGCUUGGAUGGCCUGGAUGGGGAAGAUGGAGACAAGGGGUUGCCUGGUUCAUCUGGAGAAAAGGGGAGUGCUGGAAGAAGGGGUGACAAAGGACCCAAAGGAGACAAAGGAGAGAGAGGAGAUGUUGGGAUUCGAGGCGACCCGGGUGACUCAGGACGGGACAGCCAACAGAGAGGACCCAAAGGAGAGACGGGUGACAUCGGCCCCAUGGGUCUUCCAGGUAGAGAUGGCAUCUCGGGAAGGCCAGGAGACCCUGGGAAGGAUGGUGGCUUCGGACGAAGGGGACCUCCAGGAGCUAAGGUGAGACACUGGACUGGAAUGGCGUGCCUCUUGUCUUACUCAGACUUCCAGAAGACUCCUGGACACAGUCAGCCUGGGGAGAUUCUGAUAUUGUCCUUGGCCAACAGCGUACAGAACCCCUGA